UUAUUUCAUUUCCUGUGGUACUCUUGAGAGGUGUUGUCCUAUAAAAAAAUACCCAAAAGAGAUUCUAUAAUGGAUAAAGAUGUGGAUGUUGAGGGAAUGGCUACUGCUGUCUGCCAGCUGGCAGAAACGCUGGAAAAUCUUCUAAAAUAUGGCAGACAAGCAGCUGAAGAAUCCAUCAGUGAGUUUGUAAAUAACAAGAUAGGGAAACUGUUUGGAAUGGCAACUGCAUAUGAGAAAUGUUUUGAAAGGAUUGGAGCAAGUACCAAGGAUGAAAUGGAGAGUAAGAUUCAUAAACAUGCUCGUAAUGCCAGAUUGAGAGAGGCCAGCACGGAGUUACUGGAUGUAGAGCAAGAAUGGGACAGUUUUCUGAAUGAUGUGGACAAGAGUUUAGAAGGAGAUAUAAGAGACACAGUCCAGCUUGGCGAGACUGGUCCUAUAGAUGUUCCUGUUAUAGAUGCAAGAAAUAAUCAGCAAACCAAUCUAAAAGAUUUCCUUACUGGAGGUCAGAGUUUGGUUCUGAUUUUGUUGCGACAUUUUGCAUGACUACCAUGACGUGACCACAUUGCUGAUGUCAUUCAGAAUCAGGCUGAGAUGAAAUCAGCAAGUGGUAGUGUUGUGGUAAUCUCAUUUGGUCUCCAGGAGGGAGCAGAGAAAUGGUUGAAAGAUACACAGUGUCCAUUUCCCAUGCUUCUAGAUAGUGAUAGAAAGAUAUACCAUACAUUUGGUCUCCAAAGGUCUGUUUUAAAGGUUUGGGGAGUAGCAUCCUUAGUUUAUUAUGCAGAAGCAAUGUAUGCUGGGAAACCUCUACCUAAACCAUAUGAAAAUGUUCAUGAUGACACUCAACAGAUGGGAGGAGAUUUUAUCAUUGAUGGUACUGGUGUGGUAAGAUUUAUGUAUCCAAGUAAAACAAAUACAGAUAGACCCAGUGUGGACUUACUGAUGGAUGAGUUAAAAAAAAUAAAUUCUGUCUAGAAGUGAGAUAUGUUUUUCCACUAUAUGAAGGCUGUUGUAAAAAACUGGCAAGUGGACAAUGGCUGGAGAACUCAGUGGACAAAACUUGUUCUUAAAUAAUGGCGGCUUUUAUUCAUUUUAAAUCUUCUGUUUGUAUAUUGUUACAUCAAUAUUGAACAAACAUUCCGUAUUGCUCUCAAGUAAUGUAGUGUGUUCUUUCAAGAUAUUUUUGUAUCUGUUUAAUUCAAAAUGAUAAUUACAACUGUUUAAGGUAGUUCUUUAUUGUCUAGAUCAAAUGUUAAAAUCCGUACUUUCUGUUUCAGCAGUUUUUUUUAUUGCAUUUAAUCUUAAGAAAUGUAACAACAUUGUCAUUUUUAUCAAUUAAAGGGAGGUAAUGUUGUUUCUAUGUUAAUUACGUCUGCUAGGAUUUCUUAAAUCAUUUAAAUAAGUGAAAGAAUUUUCAAAAUUGGCUUGAAAAUGAGAAAGUUAUUAGCAUUUGAAUAUUUGAUUAAAUCAAAAUGGUGGCCAUUUUGUUUCCAUGGCAGCAAAAAAAAAAUGGCGGAUUUGUUGAAUUUCUAGAUACAUAAUUUGAACUGUACUUACUUAUUUCUGUAAAAUAAUUUCUCAACUUUUCCCAGCUUAAAUUUCAAACUGCCUUAUCUUUUUCAGAAGUGGUCCAAUUUUAAAAAUUCUUUUAGCAUUGUGAAAGGAUUGAGGAUGGCUUUCAUAUUAACUUAUUGUCAGGCAUUCCUUGCCCUUUAACAAUGCAUUGACAUUUAUAUAUAUACUUCAAAUUUACCAAACAUGCAAAAUUACUAUAACACUACAUAGACUGUUGUCUGUAAUAAUUUCAGUGUAUACAUGUAUCCAAGUUGUUGUGACAUUACAAUAAAUUAUGUAUUUAUCCAGGUGCAAUAUUUAUGUGAUUUUAAAUCUCAAUUAAAAUUGUAAAAAAAAAUCUG